AUGACUGCCAACGCAAAACCUAUCUUCGUCUUCGUGCCUGGUGCAUGGCACGACCCGGAUACCUUCGACAACAUCCGUGACCUCUUACAGAAGCGAGGGCACGACACUGACGCCGUCGCCAACCAGUCGGUCGGCGCAGCCGAUCCCUCCGUUGGCCUCCACGCCGACAUCGCUCACACAAAGCGUGCCCUCCAAGCGCUGGCCGACCAAGGGCGCUCAAUCGUGGUGGUCGCGCACUCAUACGGCGGGAUUGUCGCCGCCGGCGCAGUCGAGGGGCUCGGGUAUACGUCGCGGGCCCGCGCAGGCCAGCACGGCGGGGUGAUCCAGGUAGUGUGGAUGGCGGCCUUCGUCACGCCCAAGGGCAAGUCGCUCCUCGACAUGCUGGGAGGGAACUGGUUGCCCUGGAUGUCGUUCACGACCCCCGACGACGGAUACGUCUACACCACCCAGCCCGAGAGGAUCUUCUACCACGAUCUGACCCCCGACGCCCAGCGCCACGCCAUCGCCAACCUGCACCGCCAUCCCAGGCCCUCCUUCCUCGAGCCGGCCGUCCACGAACCCUGGCGCGAGAUCCCCGCCUUCUACCUCUUCUGCGACCAAGACCAGGCGCUGCCCCUGGCCGCGCAAGAGGCCUUCGCCCACACCCUGGGCAACCCCGGCCGCUAUCACGUGGACGCAUCGCACUCGGCGUUUUUGAGUGUGCCGGAGCAUGUGGCCGACGGGCUGGUGCUGGCGCUGCAAGAGGGGUUAGAGAAGACCGGUGCUGGCGCUGGUGCCUCUAGUGGGACUAACCGCGUUAGUCAGUUAUAA